AUGGAACAACUCAAAAAUUUCACAAUGGACAAAGUCUACCAAAAAAUAUUUUUGCCUGACAAUGAAUUUGAUCAAUGGCUUGUACAACUUGGACUUUUACAUACAACAAUGAUUUGUGAAUGUGGAAAUUUGAUGAUUGUAAGAAAGCCUAAAAAUGGGGAGCGUUAUGGAAGAUGGCGUUGUAACAUUUCAAAAUGUCGAAAAGAAAAAAGUUUUUUGGCUGGAACGUUCUUUAGUGGAUCCCAUGUUACGACCAAAAAAGUUUUUGCGAUGGCGUAUUGGUGGGCAAUGAAGUUUGGAGGGGAAGAGGAUUGGGUGAGGGAGUUUGGAGUUGCUAGUCAUACAGUGGUGGAUUGGCGUAAUUCUUUCAGGGAUGUUUGCGCCCAAUAUUUGGAGAAGACGAACGAUAUUAAGAAGGAGAUUGAGGAAACUGGGGAUGGAGAACUUGAAGAGCCUGUGCCCGUGAAGAGGAAAUACAACAAAGGAGAACCAAAUAAAGAAGUUUGGCUUUAUGGUGGAGAAUGUUUGUGGAGAAAGAAGUUCGGAUCUAGAAAUGAGAUAUUUUAUAAUUUUUGGUUACACGUUUCACAUAUCUUUCCAUGUUAUAGGGUGACUGAAUAAAUCGAUAGUAUAUUGAUUUUUGGUUGAGAAAGGGACAGAAAACUGACCCAAAUGUUACUUUUAAAAAAAUGAAGAGGGGAGCGUGAUUUACUGGGUGGACAGCUGGAUCCGGUUAGAAUCAGGGAACAGUUUGGAUCAACCUAAAUUUACCCUAUUCCGCCCGGGAUCAAGAAGCUGGCAGAUUUAUACAAAAAAUGACCCUGAAUUUGACCAUACAACGUUCGCCAACUAAAAAUUAAAUAGUAUUUUGCUGUUGACCUUAUUUAUACGUGCCUUUUUGUCCUUUUACCGUUUUGUCGAGUACCAUUUUGUCAGAAACAAGAUUUCUUCCUUCUCCAUUACUACCCUUUCACUCCAUUAUUUUCUUCUCGCCAUUCAUUUUACAUUUCUUAGCUUCAAUAAAUUUUUUUCAAUUUUUAUUCAUUG